GGUCACUUUCUCUUCGCUAUCGACUGUUCCGAUUGCCAUCAUCUGGAAGCGCUAUGAGAUUGACUUUGAAAAUAUUAUAGGGACUUGCAAUGAACAGGCUUGCAAUAUACCGUCAAGUUCAGCAUGUUGGCCUUAAGGUAAAUAUCGACAAUUGACACUGCCUUCGCACGAGAUGCAUGGAUACAACGGAAUGUUCGUUCCCCUGUCUUUUCCCAAUCUCAUGCGGAUAUAAAUUAUGGACUGUGAAUCGCCAUGAUACGCUUUAAAUCAAUCUAUGGACGAAUUCUGUCUUGAACAUCCAACCAACGUCGAUCGAUGCUCGCGUCACGCUCGAUUGGUUCUUGUGGAUGAGGCCAGCCCUCGUUACGCACAGGUCCGCGAGCUCUUUCAGAAUGGCUGGCGACAUCCUGAGAAACCUGUACCUUCUUUACGCGCUAUCUAUAAAGUUGUCGCUCCAGAGUCGAAGAUCGCUCCUUUCCUUAAGUAUCAAUCCUCCGUAAUGACAACUUCCUGGUGGAGUCCAUUUAUACGGGCCGGCACUGAAGCAUUACUUUUCCAUGGUACCAAUAGAGCAUGCCUACUGGGCGAAACGCCUAACAAUUUGAAGCCAUGCAAGUUGCCGAAAUGCUGUCUUUGCUCAAUUAUCCGCGAGUCCUUCGAUGUUCAAAAGUGCGGUAAUAAGCAUAAGUUCAGUCGCUUUGGAAAGGGUAUCUACACUAGUUCAUGCUCUUCGAAAGCGGACGACUACGCUAAGAGCACCGCUCGGAAGGCGAAGUAUCAAGUUCUACUCCUGAACCGCGUUGCUCUCGGCAAAACGUAUAAACUGCAAAGAAACGCUGAUCAUCUUACGUCGCCUCCACCUGGCUAUCAUUCCGUGUUCGGAGUGCCCGGGGUCGAGCUAAACUACGAGGAGACUGUCGUAUAUUCAAACGACGCCAUUCGCCCAGGAUAUCUCAUUGUGUAUGGUGAUCCACCAGAUGCACAUGAAGACGGAGUAGCAGAAUCUCUACGCAGAUUCUUCAGGACUCUUCAUUGACAACAGCGGAUGAGAUGUUCUCAUACUAGCUUAAAUAUGUCUGCU